CCCGGAGGGAGGGAGCCGCGUCCCCGCCCGCCGCGCCGCCAGUCCGACCCUCGGUCCCGCCGCGUGAGCAACCAGCCGAGUGGAGCUCAGCGCAGCCGCUCGAGCUGCGGCCUCCCCCUCUGCAGGUGUCUGUGAGGAGGCGCCGGGGCCGCAGCCGCGAUCCGCGCCCGCUGGCCGAGCACUAGCUCCUCGCGCUCCUAAGGGACUGCCCGGCCCGUGGAGGCCGCCGCGGGGCCCGGCGCUCAGCAUGAACCGCAGCCACCGGCACGGGGCGGGGAGCGGCUGCCUGGGCACCAUGGAGGUGAAGAGCAAGUUUGGAGCUGAAUUUCGUCGAUUUUCACUGGAGAGAUCAAAACCUGGGAAAUUUGAGGAAUUUUAUGGAUUACUACAACAUGUUCAUAAGAUACCCAACGUUGAUGUUUUAGUAGGCUACGCAGACAUCCAUGGAGACUUACUGCCUAUAAAUAAUGAUGAUAAUUACCACAAAGCUGUAUCAACAGCCAACCCAUUGCUUAGGAUUUUUAUACAAAAGAAGGAAGAAGCGGACUAUAGUGCCUUUGGUACAGACACACUAAUAAAGAAGAAGAACGUUUUAACCAAUGUGUUGCGUCCUGACAACCACAGAAAGAAGCCACACAUAGUCAUUAGUAUGCCCCAAGACUUCAGACCUGUGUCUUCUAUCAUAGAUGUGGAUAUUCUCCCGGAAACACAUCGUAGGGUUCGUCUUUACAAAUACGGCAUGGAGAAACCCCUGGGAUUCUACAUCCGGGAUGGCUCCAGUGUCAGGGUGACACCACAUGGCUUAGAGAAGGUCCCAGGGAUCUUUAUAUCCAGGCUUGUCCCAGGAGGUCUGGCUCAAAGCACAGGACUGUUAGCUGUUAAUGAUGAAGUUUUAGAAGUGAAUGGCAUAGAAGUUUCAGGGAAGAGUCUUGAUCAAGUAACCGACAUGAUGAUUGCAAACAGCCGCAACCUCAUCAUAACAGUGAGACCAGCAAACCAGAGGAAUAACGUUGUCAGGAACAGUCGGACUUCCGGCAGCUCUGGCCAGUCUACUGAUAAUAGCCUUCUUGGCUAUCCACAGCAGAUGGAACCAAGCUUCGAGCCAGAAGAUGAAGACAGUGAGGAAGAUGACAUUAUUAUAGAGGACAGUGGUGUGCCACAGCAGAUUCCAAAAGCUGUUCCUAAUACCGAGAGCCUGGAAUCAUUAACGCAAAUAGAGCUCAAUUUUGAGUCUGGACAGAAUGGUUUUAUUCCCUCUAAUGAAGUGAGCUUAGCACCGGUAGCAAGUGGUACAAACACAGAAUUUGAAACACAUGCUCCAGAUCAGAAACUCUUAGAAGAAGAUGGGACAAUCAUAACAUUGUGAAACCCUGUGUGCAUGUUUUCUGAGGGAGGACGCCGUGGGGACCUGUGCAUCUGGCUAGUUUAAAGCGCAUAUACCUCUGACCAGUGAUGUGGAAUGGGCAUGAGAAAAUAUUGCAAGCUUAGAAUAUUAUUAAAAUAGUAGUUUGACAAUUGUUAAUAUAAAUUUUGGUGGAUCAGAGGUGAAUUUAAGUCUAAAACAAAGGGGCCUUUGCUAAUGAAAUUACGUGCUUUUGUUAUUUUGUCUGGAGAACUGGAUGUUGAAGCACAUUCUCAUAACUGUGUGAGAGGACUGGAUCAUUUCUGCUUGAAGUGGUUGCAGAUUAAACCUGCUGUGCAGAGCCCACUUAAUUUUUCCUUUAUAUUUUAAAAAUUCUAAUGUGAAGAAGUCUGAUCCUAUCUCUCUUGGUACGUUGGGGGCCUCAGCUAUUAUGUUCCCAGUGUCUUACUUUGAUUUUUUUUUUUUGAUGUUGU